AUGGAGCAAGCCAAAGCUCUCAACGCCCUCGAGCCGUUCAUCGUGCUCUCUAAAUCUGCCACCUCCCCGCGCGCUGCGGCAGAUCUCGUGACCCGCGCGACCUCCGCCCCCAACACCUUCAUCUUCACCGAACUUCUCCAGACACCUCAAAUUCAGUCCCUGGAAUACUCCCACGAGUUCUCCUCCUACCUCACGCUUCUACAGAUUUUCAGCCAUGGAACUUACGCGGACUACACUGCCAAUGCCUCGGCGCUUCCUGCCCUUAACGACGAUCAGAAGCUGAAGCUGCGCCAGCUCUCCCUCCUCACACUGGUAGCCAAUGACGGUAGCAACGGCCCUCUCGAUUACGACGCAAUGCAGCGAGAAAAGAAUCAGACACAACCGCCAAACCAAAGCUAUGCCUCCCUGACCCGCCGUCUGGAGCUCUCCAGCGCGCGAGACCUGGAAGAGCUGGUGAUCAGCGCGAUCUACGCCGGUCUCAUCGAAGGGCAGCUAGACCCAGCGAACGAGAUGGUACAAAUUAACAGCGUGGCUGCUUUGCGGGACGUUCCCGCGCGGGGCGUGAGCGGCUUGCUCUCGAGCUUGCAGGGCUGGGCGGGUCGGUGCCAGGCGACGCUGCAGGAGCUGGAAGCGACGAUGGCCAACUUGCGGGAUGAGGCGGACAGGCGGGCGACCGAGGAACAAGAGUGGAACAACAAGAUGUCGCAGUUGUUGGAAGAUGAACAGAAGGGUGCGGUACCGUCCUCUUCUUCGUCCUCUUUGCCCUUCUCUUGGUUCAACAACACACGCGGCGGUGGUGGUGGUGAUGGUCCCGGUGCAGGUGCAGGUGGUAGCUUUCGUGGUAGCGGCUACUCUCGCGGUGGUGGCUUGUCCCAGGGGUACCGGUCAUCUCAAAGAGGAAACCACCAGCAGCACCAGAAUCAAUCACGUCAGCAGCAAAACCACCAUCACCAUCACCAAAGCAAUCAGAGCGGAACGAACAGCUUGCUGACGAGUGGUGGUGGCAGUUAUCUCAGCUUUAGAGAGGGGCCAUCAGCAGUAUCGCCCUCACCAGCGGCGGGGUUGAUGGGUUCCUCGGCCUCAUUUGCGGCGCUGGGGGGUAUGGAGACGGGCUCUGGCUCAGGCUCGGGGCCUCUUGGAAAGCGAGGAAGCAGCGAUAUGGAUGACUCGGAAGAGGAUAUCGAUGAUGACACGAUGGAUCUGGAUGACGAGGGUGAUGAAACCAAGAGAGGCAGCAAGCGGAAGUUGACCGCCUAG